GGCUGAUGACGCAAACUGCUUUGGCUUCAGCAGAAAGCUGCGGCUGUUGCACCUUGCCUAUCCGAGCAUCUGAGCAGCUGCUCCAUGGAGAGCAUGAUCUCGAAUGGCCGGUAUACACCCGGGCACAUGAAGAAAAUUCGAGAGAAGGCUGCUGGCAAGCUGUUCAAGCAACGACCAUCAGUUGAACAGAAGGUCAUGAUGUCUCCGGUCAGCCUGAAGUGGCAGCAAGAAGGGCGCCUGGACUUCCAUGACGUUCUUCCGGAUGGCUUCGCCGCACGGUACUCCAAGGAGCUUUUGGUCAUUGAUGCUCAUGCGGACCAGCUGCUUAACAAGUUUGUGGAUCAAGUGGAGGCUGGUUUGAGUCAGAGGAGGGGCCAGCUCAACGCCAUCCUAUACGUCAGUGACAUGAUCCAGAGGGCCUUUGGUGGAUUGGGGCGCAAGGUGCCUGAAGCUUUUCAGAAACGUAUUGUUGACCUGAACCUACGGCAGGGAGAUUCCCUCCUCAUCGGUGAGCUGAUGUCCGGUGCAACUGCUGGUUUUCUGGGCUCUGGCAUGUGCCGGCAUCGGUCUUUGCUCUUCAAGUACGUGGUGCGCAGAUUGAAGGUUUGCGAAAGUGCAGCUAUCUCUGGAGUUAUCGUGCCAAAUGAUUGUGAGAAUGUCUCCCAGUUUCGUCGAGACAACGGCUUCGCAGAUCACGCCUGGAACAUCGUUAGGCUCAAUGGCCAGAACUACUUGUUGGACAUCAUGAACACUCCUCAUGAGCUUCAAUCUUUGAACUCAGCCGACGGUGAGAAAGUGCAGAUGAAGGUUCAAGGCACUUCCUACGUUUACUACCGCUUCGAUGGAGGUUCAGGCAUCUCGUUGGCCUAUAGCCCAGGUGCAGAGGAAAGCUCGGAAACGCAGACAGAGACGGAGUCCUUGGAUUCAGAGGAUGAUCUUGAACUUGAUCCUGACUGUUAUUUACCUCAGGGCUCUGGGGCUGGCGAAGUCUUCUGCAACACUACUCGAAGAGCUGAAGAGAUUCUGCAGCUGCAGACUGUUGGGCCGGCAGGCCAUGUCAUGGUCAAGUUCGACUUGAGGAUGCAAGGUCGGACUUGGCAGGCCCGGAAGACGGUGCAUGAGACAGCACUCAGGUGGCCGAGCUCAACUGGUGUCAACAGGCUGGUAUAGUCAAGCCUUGGACAUGCAGACUUUUGUUCCAGAAGCUAUGGAAUGGCAUGGGAUAUGUAUUGCCUUGACAUGUAUGCAGUGACAAAUCCACACUACUACAGCCAGAGCAGUUUGCUGAAAUAAGGAUCAAUAAAUUGCAGAUUAGGUAGGGGGCUGGCAUCUAUGCUUCGGGAAGAAGCCAGCACAGCCACCAAGGAAUGCUCCUUGAGAUCGUGUGGCUUGCAUGACUUUUAGCCAGCUUGCAGGUUAUUGCACCAGAACUUUGCUUUCAUCAAGAAACGCCACAGAUGUUCAC